UUAUAAAUAGGCAUCAACACCCUUUCAAAUUAACCUCACUUGAUCACAUUGCUGUCUCAGAAGCUAACCACUUCAAUUUCUUCCCCUUCUAAACUAUAAUCACCUCCCUUUUCCUUCCCCUAAUCUUUUCUCUUUCCCCAGAUCAGCUUUCCAUGGCCUCAGUACAGGCUGAUACACCCGUCCAAGAGGUAAGCAACGAGCAAGCUGAAAAAUCAACACAGGAGACUCCCGUUCUUGAAGAAAAGCCAGCCACCAGCGAAGAAGCUGAAGUAGUAGUGCACGAGGAAGACGAUGAAGAGGAAGAGGAAGAAGAAGAAAAGCAUGAAAACACCCAUGAAGAGGAAACGCAAAAUGAAGUGAAAGAUGAAAAAAAUGCAGGGUCACCAAUUAUUGGUGAGGCUGAACCACCUGCUUCUUUUGAUGGUGAAGAAGAAGCUGAAGUUGAAGAAGGUGAUUUGAUUUAAGAGGGCACUGACACCUUUCUUACCAAAAUCAUUAAGGCAUGUUAAAGUUUUUUGUGUGGUUUUAAUUUCUAUG